UCACAAUCUUUUGCGCUAGAAAUUUGCAUUUUGCCGGUUCUUCCGUCCAAAGGCUAAAAUUAAUUUUGAAAUAAAAUUAUUAUAGUAAAAUGUCCGUGCAAACAGUAUUACUAGAUUUUUCUUUAGAUCCUGCUCGAGUAGCUGAUGAAAGUGGACAGAAAACAGUGUUCAACCAAUUGGAAGAGGUGCUGAAAGAAUAUCUUCCGAAUCUGAUUUUAGCUGCAGAUAUUAAAGUUGAUGGUGGUUCUCUGAAAAUUCUGACGGGCAAGAAAGGUGUGACUGUAUCUACAAGAUUGUUCGACCGUGGUCUUGUUACCGUAAAUAUUGAAUAUUACAAGGAGGACAACGAAGAUCCAUUAAUCAAUUUCAAGUGCUCUAAACAACUGGAAGAUUCCAUCCGACAGUCUUUGGAGUGUCUUAGACUCAAAAUGUUACCGUCAAUUAAACGAGGGUAUAAAUAUGAUUCGGCGAAAGAAUUGGAAAGUCAACUGAAAAAACAUAUCACUGUUCUAAAAUCUCAAGCUUAUCCACCAUUAAAACGAUGCCUAUUCGGCAGAUAUUUCCCAUCAUCCGACGAAAGACUUCUUGAAUAUGAUAUUGACAAUGUGCUGUUUGACGAACAAUCUCCCUUCCAACGAGUACAAAUUGUACACUCCAAGAGUCUUGGAAACAUGUUGGUGCUAGAUGAUCUUCAGAAUAUAUCUGAAGCAGAUCUCAUUUACACAGAAACUUUAAUGCAAAGGGGCAAAGAGAACUAUGAGGGCAAGGAAAUUGUUAUUCUUGGUGGCGGCGACGGUGCCUUAUUAUACGAGCUGCUGAAGGAGAAGCCAAGCUACGUGUGGAUGCUGGAGAUAGACGAGCUGGUGAUGAAAGCGUGCAACAAGCAUCUCAACACCAUCUGCGGGGACGUGCUCGAAAGGCGGAAAGGUGCUAAUUAUGAGAUAAUAGUCGAAGACUGCAUGCUGACCGUCAAGAAAUUCAUGAACGAAAACAAAAAGGUCGACUACAUAUUCGGCGAUCUCACGGAUAUUCCGAUAUCGGACGCGCCGUGCGGCGAGCUCUGGGAAUUUAUGAUCAAUAUACUGAACUCUGCGUUCAAGAUAUUGAAGCCGACUGGCAAGUUUAUGACGCAUGGCAACGGAGCAACGUCUGCUGAAUCUCUAGAAAUGUACGAACAGGUGCUCAUGAAGAUGAAGCCAGCGGUGACAUUCUCAAAGACUAAAGCGUUUGUGCCUUCAUUCUUCGAGGAGUGGAUCUUCUACCAGAUAGCGUUCAACCAGAGUGACGAGUAACCAAAGUUACAUGGAUUAGUUUUAUUAUUAGUUUGACCUCUGAUUGUGAUUUACAUUUUAAUAUUCUUACGUAGGUAUAAGUGUACUUUGAUUAUGGAGAUAGCAGUACUAAAAUGUUACAUUCAAAAUGUUCCCCGUUAAUAAUAAAGAUAGAGACCAACUUUAUUAUAUUCUAUACAUAAGAGUUCCACCUAAAUACUAUAUAAUUUUUCAAUACAUAUUUUGAAUAGUAUUAUAAAAAUUACAUCAAACAAAAUGUUAAAAUGUAUGUCAUAAUACAUUGUUAGUUCCUCAUCUAUUUGAAAUCACAAAAUCAAAACAAUUUUAUUUUGUUAUGUCAUUAAUAUUAAGAGCACGAACAAAUCACUUCUUAUUAUUAAUAGUAAACAAUCUAAACAUUAAAAAUGUUAAACAAUGGGUUUACGGUUUACUUUAACUGAAAAUAUAAUUUCAAUUUCGACCCACAUACUGUAAAAGAGUUGUUGGUUACAUAACUCACUUAAAAUCAAACACAAGAAAUACUUAAUGUAGAUUUGAUAUAUCCAAGAGAAAGUUUAUUCUUACAAUUUUAUAAACGAAUUUGUGUUCAAUUUUUUUUUUUUCUGUAUAACACUGCCGAUAUUACCAGGAACAAAAAUAAAAUAUGAUAUGAUAAUAACAUGUGAUUUGUUUAACUGAAGUCGGUCCAAAACUAUCAAUACCUUUUAACUUCAGCUAGUUUAAGUCAACUACCAUUUAUAUUGUAAGCUUUAAGUAUUACUUGAUACACAAUAUACAGCCUUUAGGUAUUGUUAAGCUAGUAUAAUGAUGUGUCCACACGAUCAUAGGCUGAAGAAAAAAUGUCUAGCCAAUUCAUAAAUAAAAAACUCGAACAUCGAAAUCAUUACAAUAAUAAAAAAUUUACUUUCAAAUCCGGCCGUAACUUUUAAUUAUACAGACAAAUCACAAAUAAGUUGUGUUCAAUAAUCAACAAUAAUAUUGGAAAAGAUAGCUGUACAAUUAUAGUUUACUAAAUUAAAUAACACGUAUAAAACAUACACGAUCUAAUUUUAUACUUAGUCUUGAAUUAACGUAUAAAAUGACCCUUUCGAAUAAUUUAGAAAAAACAAUGAAGCACACAUCACAUUUGGAAAAUAAUAUUUUCAUUAUAAUUAUAAAUUUCUGACCACAGUGAUUUUACAGUCAUUUCGACAAUACCAAAGAAUAAUUUUAGUAGUUUUAGAUGAUAUGUGACGGCUAUUAGUUUAAGAAUGAUUAGUUCCUCCCCGCUGUGUAGUAUGAUACUGCCACUAACAAUCAGCUGUGCUGAAACACCGUGAUUUAUUUGUUUACUCAUAUUAUAUUGUGUUAAUAUAAUUAUUUCAUCCAAA